GAGGCGGGAUGGGGCCGUUGUGGGGCUGAGGCGGCGGCCUGCAGGUGGCACGGCAUCCCCUCAGGCCGCGUGUCCCCAACUCCUGGGUCAGGAGCGGGGAGUGGCCGGUCAGGAUGGGAGGCCGCCGGUCCCCAUUAGAGCCGGGCUUACCGUGCCAGGCGAAGUUAACGGGUGACCUCACGUUAUCCGAAGUGGAUGAGGAGCUCGAGGGUUUCAGGCGGGAGGCGGCAAUUCUGCGGGAGAAGCUGUGGCAGGCUCUCAGUCACACAUCUGGUAACAAAAGGCAGUCCAGUUCUUUGAUCGACCUCACCUCGGACAGUACCUGGGAUCAGCAAAAGCCUCACUUGUUUCCUAAAUCCCGCUUGAGGCCAAAAAGCGCUUCAUCUCCCUGGAUUCCCUCCAUCACCAUCCCUCAGCCUUUCGAAAUGACACUGCGGGAAGCUCGCAAAAAGUCCCAGUUGAUGAAGUCAUACAUGUUUCUUGAACUAGACAAACAGAGAGACAAAAGGCAAAGCCAGGAUGAAGCUGAAUGUCAGAAACAGUUCCGGGCACAGCCUGUACCUGCCCAUGUGUUUCUGCCCCUUUACCAGGAAAUAAUGGAGCAGAAUGAGAUUCGCAGGCAAAUAGCAACACAGAAAAGAAAGGAGCUGCUACUUUCAACCCAGCGGCCCUUCAGUUUCCUGGAGAAGGAGGAGAAAAAGAAAGAAGCUAUCAGACAAAAGUUCCUGGCAGCAGCAUCCCCAAAUGAGAGCUCCAAACAGAAGCAAGCCAGUAAAAAAGUUCCUAAAUCUACUUAUGACCCACUUCUUGGAGAUAAACUCAAAGAAGCUGAACUCUACAGAGAAAUCCGCAUUCAAAUGAGAGCGAAGGAUUUGCUUGAGAGCUCUGUAGCUCCUAUAGACACUAGCAACUGUCGGAGCGAGCCUCAGUCCCGAACUGCCACUAAAACUAAGCAGGAAAGACUUGGCUUCUUGCAGGAACAAAGUUUCAGCUUCAAGCCAAGAAUUAAUCCAACAAUACCGGAUUUUGAAGGACUUUACUGGGCGUUUCAGAGGGAAGCAGUAAGGAGACAAGAAACCAAAGAGGCAACUCGUAAUAAGCCAUUCAAGCUCAGAACCGCCAAUCUGCGCGUCAGGCAGAGGCAGGCUAAUGAAAAGAUAAAGGAUUCGCAGCAACUUUCCAAGGUUUCAGUGCAAAAAAGUCAUUCUCUGACUGGACUUUCCUCUCUGUCUUCCAACACCCUCCCAGUGCAUAUUACAGAUGCAACUAGAAAACGGGAAUCUGCUAUUAGAUACUCCCAAGAUAACAAAAAGGAAGGGGAAAAAGAAGGAAUUUAUUGGCUGGAGAAACAGAAGAAGAAAUGUCAAGCUCUGCGAAAGUCAGUGAACAGCCGAGCAAAAGCCCUGGAUCCACACAAAAGUCUGGAGGAAACACACAAGGAGAAGUCGAAACAGAACUGGCAAAAUAUGAGAGAGAGAACAAGGGAAUAUAGAAAGGAGCUGGAAGAAAUGCAGCUGCGAGUCAAGAACAGACCAUUCCUCUUUGAACAGGUCACCAAGCAUGAUGCUCGUCAAGGAGCAGAGCGUCGCUACAGACACACCCUUCAGCAGGUUGGGCUAAGCGAAGAAUUUGUAAGGAAAAAAGGGAAAGAUGCCACUGACUUGCUGGAAGAAGAAUCUGAUGUUCACAGAGUGCCCAAGCCUGAGGGUGAAAAGGACGACUGUACUGUACAGGAAGGAGAACCUCAAGAGGAACAGAGCCGAAAGGAAAUGGCAACAUAAGAUCUAGCAGAAGAAUCCAUUGAUCGUCUCUUGAUUUUUUUUUUUUAAUUCAAGAUUCUUCAGGUUAAUCCUCAGGAACUUUCUGGUUUAGGCUGAUACCUAAGAAUUGCUCUGGGGUAAGUGAGAUGUGAGUACUUGGUAAAGGAAAAAAAAGACCACCUAGUAUUUAGAGCAUGCCUUGUCCAACCCAACAAAGCCUGCAGCCCCCCUUAGUCUUCACAAGUGUUCCCCCAGUGAGCCACUUCCCUUUCUAUAACAGGCAACAAAACAAGUUAAAGAGGUUGAAGCACUAUCUUUGGAUAAAAGUAGAUAUGAAAGAUUGAAGAGGUGCAUCCUCUAGUGUCAGCUCCUUGUGUUCACACUGUAGAAGCACGCAGAAAAGGGAGAAUGCCUUUCAGGGUGCUAAACCUUGGUUUACACAUGUAUGUGGUAGAAUGCUUUUAAACAAAGUAUAAAAUCAAAGAAAAACCAAGAUUUGACCUACCUUGGGAGAAGACUCAGAGGGAAGUCCUUCUCCGGUGUUAACUCUUCAUUCACUCAUUACCAGCUCUGCUCCUUCCUCCCACUAGGAAGAAGCAAUAGUCUUUCUGUAUGAAAAUAUCUCCCACAUUUCACUAUUGGAAACUGUUCUAACAUCUUAUCCAAGGUGGAUUUGGUGGAAGAAGGAUUAGGUAUUACCUGUCAGCAUGUUGCACUCAAAUGCCUGGUGCAUCUUAAAUGGUAUAUAGUUCACACAUUAGUGGUUUUCCUUUACCUGACAGUAAUAAUGAUCUCAAAAAUACAAACCCUUACCUCCUGGAAUGUUUUCUGAGAAUUAUGAUAUCAAAGCACUUUGAGAUUAAAAGAUUUUUACAUGGCUAUCAA